AUGAUUUUGACACCAAUCCCUCAGCAGCACACGAGCUCAACUUUCCAGAAUGGCCGCGGCCGAGGUAUUGGCGUCCACAGGAUGCUGGAUAGGAAAUGCAUAUGGCUGGCAAACGAUCCGGCCCUCGACGACUGGACCUACUACAACCAAUCUCCGUCGAACACGCACCCCCGACCUAUACCGACUCCCCUCGCAGCCCCAGACCCCUCCCCGAGAUGGUCUCGGAGCUUCCCGUACCCGUUCGCCCCUGAAGAAGAACCCUCGAGCGACCUCGACCAGGUCAUGGACCCUACCAACACCGGUGCCUUUGCGAACCAUGACUUACCCUCGUGGCUAACCAGCUCCUCCUUCCCCACACCGCCAAAACCAUCUAGCACACGGAACCGCCGACAGACCUCUUCCAUCUUUGGUGAUCCCUCCAUGAGCUUUCUCGUUGACUGGGAUACUCGCGACGGCCUGCGCGAGGUCGCGCCGAAGAAAAAGAAGAAGAAUGCCGCGGCCAAGCGGAAUAAUGAUAGUGGCGACAAGAAGGACAACGCCGGAAACGGCGAGGAUGCUGGCGCUGGCGAUACCGGCAGCGGGGGUGGCCAAACCGGCGGUGACGCCGGAAAUGGUUCCGGAGCAGGUGCUAGCGGCGAUGGGAAUGACGAUAACGACAAAGACAAAGACAAAGACAAAGACAAAGACGAAGACAAGGACGGCGGCGAUGCGCCAACCGUGGAUGAUGCCUGGUCCACGCCAGUUACUUCCAAGAAAACGAAAAAGGGCAAGAAGGGUGCGGCGGUCGCAGACACCGAGACUACAUCCUCUUUUCUUCCCGACAUACCCACCUCCGACUUCGGCACGGAUUCUUUCCAGGAGAUAAAACUUGGCGACGAUGUGAAUGGGAAACUCGACCUUGAUUUUGGGACCUCUACCGAGACGAAAUCAUCCUUUGGCGCAUGGGGUUCUAGCUGGAAGACAGGGAUUUCUAAAAGCAUCUGGGGCUUCGCCACUGGCAAGGAAGACGAAAAGAAAGAAGAAGACAACUCUAAUCCAUGGGGUGCUGGGCGCUCCAAGUCGCAGAAGAGCAGCGUCUCGUUCGGUGCCUUCGGUGGCAUUGAGGAGGAAAAUGCAGACGCCGAUGGGUCAAAGGACAACGGCAGUGCUUGGGACGACUUUGGAACGGCUGCUACGAAGGACAAGAAGAAGAAAAAGAAGUCAAGCCCUUGGGAUGACGAUCCAGAGCCGGAGAAGCCUGCCGAAGAUACGAUCCAGGAUCUAGACACCUCGAAAAACGACGAUGGCUGGGCCUGGGGUACUUCCAGUACCAAGAAGAAGGGAAAGAAAACGACGUUCUCUUUUGAAGCUGACCCGGAACCCGAUGUCCAGGCCGCGACGGAACCCGCGGCAGACGAUAACUGGUUUACACCCGCUAAAGACAGCAAAAAGAAGAAGAAGAAGAAUGACUUCUUAGACGACUUUGGAGUCCCAGACCCCCCCCCUGCCCCCGAGCCGGAGCCGGAACCGGAACCAGCUAAAGUGGAAGACUCUUGGGGUGGUUGGGGCACCACUACCACCAAGAAGAAGAAGAACGGUAAGGGUGCUGACGUAGAUGCAGAGCCGAUUGCCGAACCCGAGCCCGAGCCCGAUAAGACUUCGACGAAAGACGACGACCAGUGGUCCCUCGGGACGUCCAGCAAGAAGAAGAAGAAGAAGGCGUCCAUCUGGGAUGAUCCUGCGCCCGCAGUUACGAACGAGCCCGAAAAGAUCGAUGAGAAGAUGAACGACUUGUGGGCCACCAGCAACAAGAAGAGUAAGAAAAAUAAGAUUCUAGAUCUCGAGCCCGAACCCGAACCUGAAUUCGAACCAGUCGUCGAACCAGAGUCGGAAAAGCCCGAAGAGGCCAGUCCCUGGUCAGCGCCCGCCUCGAAGAAGGAUAAGAAAAAGAAGAAGUCGUCUAUUUGGGAUGACCCAGUUCCGGACCCUGCCCCUGAGCCGCCAAAGGAAGAGGAGGCGGUGGCGGAUGAUUGGUCCACUCCUUCCCCGUCCCAAAAAGACAAAAAAAAGAAAAAGAAGAAAGCCUCGAUUUGGGACGACCCUGAGCCAACGCCGGAUGUGGACGCCGAGGCUGAGCAGAAGAAGAAGGAAGAAGAAGAGGAGCAGGAGCGGCUGAGACGGGAAGAGGAGGAGGAAGCGAAACGAAAGGAGGAAGAGAAGAAGAAGAAAGAGGAGGAUUCCAGCAUAUGGGGCGCAGCUACUUCAAAAAAGAGUAAAAAGAAGAAGAAGCCUUCAAUCUGGGACGACCUGGAAACUUCGAAGGCGGAAGAAGAGAAGAAGAAGGAGGAAGAGGAGGCAGAACGUAAGAGGAAGGAGGAAGAGGAAGAAGAAGCUGAGAGGAAGAGGCUGGAAGAAGAAGAGGAAGCGAAACGAAAGGAGGAGGAAGAGAAGAAGAAGAAAGAGGAGGAUUCCAGCAUAUGGGGCGCAGCUACUUCAAAAAAGAGCAAGAAGAAGAAGAAGGCUUCAAUCUGGGACGACAUGGAAACUUCAAAGGCGGAAGAAGAGAAGAAAAAGAAGGAGGAAGAGGAGGCAGAACGUAAGAGGAAGGAGGAAGAGGAAGAGGCGGAACGCAAGAGGGUCGAGGAAGAGGAGGCUGAGAAGAAGAGAUUAGAAGAGGAAGAAAGGAAGAAGAAAGAGGAGCAGGAGAAAAAGAAAGAAGAGUCCAGCAUCUGGGGUUCCACUGCCACUUCAAAGAAGGGUAAGAAGAAAAAGAAGGCUUCAAUCUGGGAUGACCUGGACACUUCGAAGGCAGAAGAAGAGAAGAAGAAGAAGGAGGAAGAGGAGGAGGCGGAACGCAGGAGGGUCGAGGAAGAGGAAGCUGAGAAGAAGCGACUAGAGGAAGAGGAACAGAAGAAGGAGGAGGAGGAGAAGAAGAAGAAAGAAGAAGAAGCUAAUGCCUGGGCCGCCCCUACGUCUAAGAAGGAUAAGAAGAAGAAAAAGAAGGCUUCUAUUUGGGAUGAGCUUGAUAAUAGUAAGGAGGAAGAAGAGAAGAAAAAGAAGGAAGAAGAAGAGAAGAAGAGGAAAGAGGAAGAGGAGGAAGCAGAGCGUAAGCGGAUUGAGGAAGAGGAGGCUGAGAAGAAGAGACAGGAGGAAGAGGAAGAGAAGAAGAAAGAAGCUAAUAUUUUAGCCACCCCUAUGUCUAAGAAGGAUAAGAAGAAGAAGAAGAAGGCUUCUAUCUGGGAUGAGCCUGAUAAUAGUAAGGAGGAAGAGGAGAAGAGAAAGAAGGAGGAAGAAGAGAGGAAGAAGAAAGAGGAAGAGGAAGCUGAGAAGAAGAGACUGGAGGAAGAGGAAGAAAAGAAGAAGGAGGAAGAGGAGAAGAAGAAGAAAGAGGAAGAAGAAGCUAGUCCGUGGGGUGCCACGGUGUCAAAAAAGAAGAAGAAGAAGAAAGCUUCGAUCUGGGAUGAACCCGAUACUAGUAAAGAGGAUGAGGAGAAAAAGAAAAAGGAGGAGGAGGAGGAGAGGAAGAAGAAGGAAGAGGAGGAGGAAGCAGAGCGUAAGAGAUUAGAGGAGGAGGAGGCUGAAAAGAAAAAGAAGGAAGAGGACAAUGACGCUUGGGGCGCCAUGACGUCUAAGAAGGACAAAAAGAAGAAAAAGACGUCUAUCUGGGACGCCCCGGAGCCCGAUCCGCCAAAGGAGCCGGAGACAAAAAAGGAAGAGAAGGAUGAUGCCUGGGGCGCGACGACUUCCUCGAAGAAGAAGAAGAAGAAGGCGUCGAUCUGGGAUGAACCCGAGCCGGAACCUGUCAAGGAGGAAACCAAGAUUGAGGAAGAACCGCCAAAGGAGGAGGAGGCGAAAGAUGACACCUGGGGCACUUCUACUUCUAAGAAGGACAAGAAAAAGAAAAAGGCGUCAAUUUGGGAUGAUCCUGAACCUGAACCUGAGCCUAAACAAGAAAAGAAGGAAGAAGAGAAGGAUGAUAUCUGGGCGACCUCUACUAAGAAGAGUAGUAAGAAGAAGAAGGCCUCGAUCUGGGAUACUCCUGAGCCUGAACCUGAACCUGAGCCUGAGCCUGAGCCUGAGCCUGCUCCAGAAGAGCUACCAAAGGAGGAAGAGAAGACCGACAUCUGGGGAACCACGACUUCGAAAAAGGAUAAGAAGAAGAAGAAGGCUUCUAUCUGGGACGACCCUGAACCUGUGCCGGAUCCCCCUAAGGAAGAGGUGAAGGAGAAGGGAGAGGAGAAGGCCGACAUCUGGGGGACUACUUCUAAAAAGGACAAGAAGAACAAGAAGAAGAACUCCAUAUGGGACGACCCGGCGCCUGAGCCUGAACCCGAGCCGGAGCCGGAGCCGGAGCGUGCACCUGAACCCGAGCCUCCAAAGGAGGAGAAGGUUGACAUCUGGGGAACUUCUUCUAAGAAGAAGAAGAAGAAGAACUCCAUAUGGGAUGAUCCUGUACCCGAUCCUCCAAAGGAGGAGGUCAAGGAGAAGGAAGAGGAGAAGGUCGACAUCUGGGGAACUAAUUCUAAAAAGGACAAGAAGAACAAGAAGAAGAACUCUUUAUGGGACGAUCCUGAACCUGAACCUGAACCUGAACCCGAACCUGAACCCGAACCUGAACCUCCUAAGGAAGAGGUAAAAGAGAAGGAGAAGGCCGACAUCUGGGGGACUACUUCCAAGAAGGACAAGAAAAAGAAGAAGAACUCCAUAUGGGACGACCCGGAACCAGAACCCGCUGUGGAAGAGAAGCCCAAGGUCGAGGACAAGGCUGAUGAUAUCUGGGGAGUUUCCACUUCGAAGAAGGAGAAAAAGAAGAAGACCUCUAUUUGGGAUACCACGGAAGCGGACCCUGUCAAGAACGAGGAAGAGAAGAAGGAAAGUGAACCUAAGGACGAUAUCUGGGCCACUUCCGCCUCCAAGAAAACCAAGAAGAAGAAGGGCUCUCUUUGGGACGAGCCCGAGCCAGAACCGCCGAAGGAUGAGGAGCCUAAGAAGGUUGAGGAGGAUAUCUGGUCCACUUCUGCUUCUACGAAGGACAAGAAGAAGAAGAAGAAGACCUCCAUUUGGGACGAUCCGGAGCCCGAGCCGCCGAAAGAAGAGGAGAAAAAGACCGAAGAGCCGACGGACGAUAUCUGGGACACGGCCAGCUCCAAAAAGGACAAGAAGAAAAAGAAGGGCUCAAUAUGGGACGAUCCGGAACCCGAAAAGGAGGAAAAGAAGGAAGAGACCAAGGAGGCUGACAACCUUUGGGCGGCUACGGGCUCGAAGAAGGAAAGCAAGAAGAAGAAGAAAGCCUCCAUUUGGGACGAUCCAGAACCAGAAUCAGAACCUCUGAAGGUGGAAGAGAAGGAGGAAGAACCGAAGGCGGACGACAUCUGGGCUACCUCUAGCUCCAAGAAGGACAAGAAAAAGAAGAAAACGUCGAUAUGGGACACUCCCGAACCAGAACCCGAAGCCGAUCCCAUCGCCGAGAUCGAGGCCAAGGAAGAGAAGAAGGAGGAGGAUGAUCCAUGGUCUUUCGGUUCGACGAAGAAGGAGAAGAAGAAGAAGAAGGCUUCUAUUUGGGAUGAUCCUGAGCCGACGCCGGAGCCGGAGCCAACAAAGACAGCUGAUGUCGAUAUCUGGGCCACGAGCACCAAAACCAAGAAAAAGAAGGGCCUAGACAAGACCGGCGAUGACGACUUCUGGAACACUCUCGGCACUUCUAAGAAGGACGACAAGAAAGAUCUCUUCGAAGAUGAUGUUGCCGCAGUCAAGGCAUCAACGGAUCCCUUUGAUUUUUGGGGCGCAUCUAAGAAUGACAAGAAGAAGAAGGGCAAGACUACAACGGAGGAGCCGCCAAAAGUUGAAGAGACUAAGGCGGAUGAUCCGUGGGACAUAUGGAAAGCUCCUAAGAAAGACAAGAAGAAGAAGCAAGACCUCAUAUCCCUUGACGAAGAUCCUCCGGCGGACGCCAAUGUAGUUGCGGACACCCCUUGUCAACCGGACGUAAUCGAAGAACCUGCAGACGAAUCUAAGGACAAGAAGAAGAAGAAGAAGAAGUCUAAGGAUGCGCCUGUUGAAGUUGCGGACGGAGACGACCUGGAUUCUGUACAGCCCGACGCCAUGGAAGAGACCAAGGACAAGGACGACAAGGCAGAAGACGACGAGUGGGCUUUUACAAGCUCAAAGAAGUCUAAAAAGUCCAAGUCCAAGAAAGACGCCGAGAUCCCACCUGUGCCUACGCCACCUACUUUGGAGCCAGAUGAACCUGAAGAUUCUUCUAAGUCUAAGUCUAAAGAUAAGGACAAGUCUAAGUCUAAGGUUAAGGAGCCGAAACUCAGCAAGAAGGAGCAAGAGAAGCUAGAGAAGGAGAAGGAAAAGGAGAGGAAGAAGGCUGAGAAGGAGAAGGCGCGCGAGGAAGCGCGUCUUGCUGAGGAGCAGGCGGCCAGGGAAGCCAAGGAAGCGGAGGAGCAAGCCGCGAGGGAGGCUGAAGAACAAGCUGCACGGGAGGCUGAAGAGCAAGCGGCGCGAGAAGCUGAAGAGGAGCGCGCCAAGGCAGAGAUCGCCGCGGAGGAGGCGGAACUUGCUACCCUCACGACGAAGAAGGGCCGCAAGAAGUUGACUCGCCGCGACCAAGAGAAAUUCGACCGUUUAACCGAGAAGGCUAACAAACGCGCUGAAGAGGCUGCUGCAAAGGAGGCUGAGGAGGCUGAGGCCGCCGCCGCCGCCGCCGCCGCCGAAGCUGCUGAAGCCGAAGCUGCUGCUGCCGCUGCCAAGGAAGCCGAGGAAGAGGCGGCGCGGGAGAAGGAGGCAGCCGAAUUGAGCAAGAAGUCCAAGAAGAGCGCCAAAUCCAAAUCAAAGGACAAGAAGAGCAAGAGCGCAGACAAGGAGCCCGACGCCGAUCUCGAUGAUGUUGAACUCACUCCCGAGCAAAUUGAAGAACUUCUCGCUGAUGAGCCCGCCGCCGCUGCCGCCGCCGCCAAGGACGAUGCCUUCGACAUCUGGGGCGCCAAGAAAUCCAAAAAGGGUGCUACAGCUCAAGACAUGGAUGGGCAAUCAACAUCUCGAGGCGCAAAGUCUCGGAAAGCCGUAGGGGGCAAAAUUGCUGACAAGCUCAAAGCCUUUGAGGUUGUAGAUGACGAAGAAGAAUUCAUCGACGUUCCUCCUCCGCCUCCACCCCCCGCGCCUCCAUCUGAAUCGAAGCGCAAGUCGAAAAAGUCAAAGGAGCUGCCUGGAAGCUUCCCAACUGACGUUAACGAGGACGAGUUUGUUGAAGUGGUCGACUCGCCCGAGAAGCCCAAGAAGUCGAAGAAGUCGAAAUCUGCGGCCUCCGCACCACCACCACCACCUCCUCCUGCACCAGAAGAACCACCAGUCCCUCCGGCCGUUCCCGACGCACCGGUGCUUCCUUCCUCCGAAUCUAAAUCCCGAAGAGAGCGCCCCAAGAUAAACCGCGACGGAUCAUCAUCUUGGAACAUGUGGACCGCAGGGACGCCGCGAAGGGAGGAAAAGAGAUCGUCAAAAUCUAAAUCCGACAAGUCGAAGCGAUCUGCGCCCGAGAAAGAGGAGAAGUCAUCGAAGGGAUCGUCAUCCGACAAAGCAGAACGCGUCCCCAAGACUCCGGCCCCCAAGUCGCGAAGCACAGGAAUGUUCAGCACGCCCCCUAUCACGCGGUCGACAUCGACGCGCGACAAGAAGCGCUCCUCGACAAAAUCGUCUCGGCGCCAUUCGGUCGAUGUCUCUAGCGGCCUCAUGUCGCCUCCUCCCGAGCCUGCCAUGUCUAGCAAGGCGGCGAAGAUCCUCGGUGUUGAUCAAUCGAACCCCGAGAAAUCCAGCCGUCAUCGAUCAAGGGCCAAACCCGAUGAUGAUGUGGUUAUGACUGAUGCCGAGUUCGUGGAAAGAACCCCGAUGAAGCGAUCCUCGUCAAGCGCGAAGAAAUCCGCGUUUUCGGGUUUGUUUACUAGCCUUCGCUCUACUCCUGCGACCGGAAAGUCGGAUCGACGCCGUAGUGUCUAUGCCGCGACCGACGAUGAAGGUCGCGGCGAUCGCAAUGGCAAGGCUGUCGACGAUGGCGAGAUGACUGAUGCGGAAGCUGAAGCCCAAGCCCGACGCGCACGACGAGCGGCGCGACGGGCCGAGCGAGAGAGAGAGGCAGCUGAACGUGCUGCAGAGGAAGCACGCCGGGCCAAGGACGCGGCAAGACGCGAGAGGAGACGCAAACAGGAGGAGGAAGCUGAGGCUCAGCGACAGGAGGAGAAGGAAGCUCGGCGUGCUGAGCGACGUGCUGCGCGCCAGCGUGAGGAAGCCGAACGCCGUGCCGCAGAGGAAGAUGAGGCGAGGCGCGCAGAGCGCCGACGACUCCGUCGGGAGCGUGAUGCCGCCUCAGGUGGCGAUGGGGAUAGGAGACGUCGCCAUCGGUCUCAUACCUUGGAGACCUCAGAAGAAGAUGCGGAUAGGCGGCGAAGGAGGGAGGCAAGGCGGGCUGCUCGGGAAGGCGACGAGCACCAUCGACGAAGCCAUCGCCGGACCGAGGCAUCCGGAGACGAGGGCGUCUACCGCCAAAGCAGUAGAAAGCUGUCCAAGAGCAGCCCGCAAUCCUCUUGGCCCCAUUCGGGUACCUCGUCGUGGGUGAAGGAGCACUCGGACGCGCCUCCACCACCGGAGGAUGGGCAGAUGGAAGGCUCCCAUCAAACGGAAGACGACGACUCUCGUCGCCGAUACCAUCGUGGAGACGCUGAUGAGCAGCGCCGCCGUAGGCAUCGUCAUGAGGAGCGCGAGAGGGAGAGGCGUGGUGGUUCAGACGGUAGCGAUGAGCGGAGGCACAGCAACCGCAACUCGCUCUUCAUGGAUACCACUCCAAGGAGCAGUUGGUGGAGGAAACUUACAGGUUCUUGA